UCUUUAAGAACAAUGUUGCAAUACUACGAAGUUCUGCCAUUCUGAAAGUCUACUGAGGAAAGUGACCAUGAAGCUUGCGCUCAAAAUCACAACCUGCAACAUUAAUCUUCAAACUCUUGGAAUGUUCCUGUUCUUGGCGUUCCAUCUGACUCAUGGAAGUUACUACAAUCCACACGUCUAUCCGGAACGAGGUCCGUUCUUUGAAGGAUGGUAUAUCAGGAUUACAGAUCACACGGAUAGACAAUCUUUGGCCGUGCUUUUUGGGAAGGUCUUGAAAAAGGCUCCCUCGUCCACCCUCUCACCGGCAUUGGUUUCAAUCCUCCACUCCAACGGGACGCGUCCCUUGACAGCGUACAAUGCCUUCUUCGAUGAGGACGCUGUUGAGAUGACUGUCGAUAGUGGUAAGCCAGUCACGAAGAACCCAAACCAACGGGGUCCAGCGAAUUUCAAAUGGGAAGCAAAAGGAUGCGGAUAUCUUCUUGUCAAACCUGAUUCGGCGUAUUUUAACUUCACUGUGCAAAGUUUUACAUUUUACGCAAAUAUAUCUUCCACAUUACCAUGGGGCCCUGAUGGAGUUGGGCCAGAGGGUUGGCUCUCAAAUUUUCCACUACCGUUGGAUUGGUUUGUUUACAACACGGGAUCGAACGUAACUGAUUUCGGCUGGGCGAGUCGAAAUCAUGGACAACACUUGAAGGGAAGUGCUGGCCGGCAUGCAGUGGCACAUAUGGAGAAAAAUUGGGGCAAAUCAUUUCCAUCCGCUUGGUACUGGGGACAAGGAGUGACAAGCAAAGGAGUUUAUUUCGCAAUGUCUGGAGGACCAGUCGAUUUUGGUCCGAUUACUGUCAACGGGCACCUUAUAGGUUACAGAAAUCCCGCAAUGGGGAUACGGCUCGACUACAGACCUGAUAAUUCUUUCACGGAAAUAAACAUGGAUGCCUGUGCAGGCGUCUUCAAUAUUACUGUGAAAUCUUUGCUUAAUCAGUUACAAAUGAACAUAGUCGCACCUGUGGAUUCUCUAAGUGAUUGCCUGUACGGACCGGGGGAAAAUGGGUUCCAUCGGGUGUGUACGGAGAGCUUUGUAGCGACAGCCAACAUCCGGGCCUACCGACGUAAGCUCGGUGUGUUCGGGAGAUUGGUAGAAGUAGACAGGCAGACGGUCCCUUCCUCGGCUCUUGAAUUUGGCGGUACUUUUGUGUGUCAUCAGAAGUGUCAUAGGUUCUAGUGAAAAAGUGUAGCUUGAGAUGUUUGAAUCCUUGCUAGGUGCUAGUUAUUAAAAAAUACUAUUUUCGCCCAAAUUUCUGAAUGUGCUGUUUCAGGUCUAACAAUGUGGGCCAUUACUUUUCAGACGGUGUAGAAUAAGAAAUUUCCCCCUGGAAAAAGCGUCCGGCCCUAUUGUAUUCUGACGGACUAUGUUAUAUCGUUUUAUAGAGGUUAUGCCUGUAAAUACUUCAGAGAUUAAAAGCCAUAAUAGAAUCCUCCUG